AUGGCGCGGGUGUACGCAGACGUGAACCAGAACAUGCCCCGCAGUUACUGGGACUACGACAGUGUGAACAUCAGCUGGGGCGUGCUCGAGAACUACGAGGUUGUCAGGAAAAUUGGUCGUGGAAAAUACUCGGAGGUCUUCGAGGGCAUCAACGUCGUCAACUACCAGAAAUGCGUCAUCAAGGUCCUCAAGCCCGUUAAGAAGAAGAAGAUCAAGCGUGAGAUCAAGAUUCUGCAAAACUUGGCUGGAGGCCCCAAUGUUGUUGCGCUGUUAGACGUGGUCAGAGAUUCGCAGAGUAAGACGCCCUCUCUGAUCUUCGAGCACGUCAACAACACCGAUUUCCGAAGCCUGUACCCCAAGUUUAACGACCUUGACGUUCGGUACUACAUCAAUGAGCUCCUGAAGGCUUUGGACUUCUGCCACAGCAAGGGCAUCAUGCACCGCGACGUCAAGCCUCACAACUUGCGGCUCAUCGAUUGGGGUCUGGCCGAGUUCUAUCACCAAGGCACAGAAUACAACGUUCGCGUUGCUUCCCGAUACUUCAAGGGCCCCGAGCUGUUGGUCGACUUCCAAGAGUACGACUACAGUCUCGACAUGUGGAGUCUGGGCGCUAUGUUUGCGUCUAUGAUCUUCCGCAAGGAGCCUUUCUUCCACGGUAACAGCAACUCGGAUCAGCUUGUCAAGAUCGCUAAGGUGCUUGGCACGGACGAUCUCUUCGACUACCUUGACAAGUACGAGAUCGAACUUGACGCGCAAUACGACGAUAUUCUGGGUAGGUUCCAGAAGAAGCCGUGGCACUCAUUCGUUACCGCCGAGAAUCAGCGAUUUGUCUCUAACGAAGCAAUCGACUUCUUGGACAAGCUUUUGAGAUACGACCACCAGGAACGUUUGACGGCAAAGGAAGCCCAGGCGCACCCGUACUUCAACCCGGUUAGAGACCCCGAGGUUUUCAAGCAGAACUUGGCCCAGCAGAGCGCCUCCGGCGUUUCUAGCAACUGA